UACUCCACGUUUUGCUUAUUCAAAUUUAAUCUACUUUUUUCUUCUUUUACGUAUCACGUGGUUAUCAGGAAAGUAACUUCUAACGUUUUGAAUUGAAGGCGAAAGAGCAGACGAUCUUAGAAAAACACGCAGAAGGCCGAGCUAUUUUCAGUCUUGGAAAGUGAUAGGGAAUAAAAAAAAAAUACUCUUCAUUCUCAAGUUCUUUUCUUGUGGGCGUUGUUCGCCAGAUGUGAAUUGGUGCAUAAAUCGAAAAGUUUCAAACUUAUUUAUCUUGUCUAUUUGAAAGAAAUAGCAAAUUAAUUUCAGUUCGUAGAAUAUUAAAGAAAGAACAAUAAGUGACGUCACUGACACGUGACACAAUUUAUUUGCUGAUUAUCACUGGAAGGAUUAUAAUUUGCUACUAGUGACAAUAGAAGUCGAAUUCUUCCGUAUGGAUAAGCAAGCUUUUGUAACCUGUGUCACAAAUGACACGUAUGCUUUGGGAGCUUUGGUUCUUGCUCAGAGUCUGAGGAAUGUUCAGACAACCAAAAAAUUAGCCGUCAUCAUUACCCCACACGUCUCAGAGAAAAUACGAGGUCUAUUAGGUAAUGUGUACGACUUGGUGCAGGAAGUUGACGUCUUAGACAGUAAAGAUGAAGCUAACUUGGCAAUUCUCACAAGGCCGGACCUUGGCGUCACUUUCACUAAGUUUCACUGUUGGCGGCUCACUCAGUUCCAAAAGUGUGUUUUCCUAGACGCAGAUAUUUUAGUUAUUAAAAAUUGUGAUGAGCUGUUUGAAAAAGAAGAGCUUUCUGCAGUUCCCGAUUGUGGCUGGCCAGACUGUUUCAACUCCGGUGUGUUUGUCUUUACUCCCAAUCAUCAGACAUACAAAGAGAUAAUCCAACAAGCUCUAGGAAAGGGAAGUUUCGAUGGUGGUGACCAAGGUGUUCUAAACGCUUAUUUCAGUAAUUGGAGAACGGCUGACAUAUCAAAACAUUUGUCUUUUAUCUAUAAUAUGAAUGCUAACGUUGCUUAUACAUAUCAGCCUGCAUAUAAUCAGUUCGGAAAGGAUGUGAAAAUUGUUCACUUCUUGGGUCCCAUCAAGCCGUGGAUGGAGUUCUACAAUAGUGAAACAGGUCGAGUACAACCUAACAGUCCACACUCUCAGGAACACCUGCAAAUGUGGUGGGAUGUCUUCAUGAAACACGUCCAACCGAAUCUCUCCGAAGAAUGCACUGGAAUAGCCGGCGAGCUCUCUAAGCUUCAACUGGGUGUAUCAGGUUCAGGAUUAACGGAAAGUUCUGAAUCCCGAAGAUAUGCAUGGGAGCGUGGUCAAGUUGAUUAUAUGGGCAAGGAUGCCUUCAGCAAUAUCGAAAAGAAACUUCAAGAAUCUAUCGACAAAGAACCUAAAAAGUAGAUUGUCUGAGUGUGUGACUAACUAAUCUGUGGUUUUCAUCCGUCAAAUUUUUAUUUAUUUUUUACUGAGUACAAUCUUUUUUUUUUUGUCUAAUAUGUCUGCUCACUUUUUUGAAGGAGGAAUUAAUGUAUCUCUCCAGCAGUGCUAUGGAAUUAUAUGUACAGUUGAAACUAACCUACGCAGUUUAGUACUCAUUGAGAAAAUUAAUACUUUAGAGUUCGAUUUAUUUAUUUAUUUUUCUAAAGCAAACAAAAAAAAUAAUCACCCAUAAAUUGGCUAAAAAAUGCAAGUGUAGCUAUAAUAAAUUAUUAAAAAUAUAUAUUAUCAAGUGAACCUUAAAAUGGCAUCAUCGUAUUCUGUUUUUAAUUGCUUCAAAAGUAAUUAUAAGAUAAACAGCAUUAAACACGAACGCAACUGAUCUUCGAAUUUUUUUAACACAAAAAAUUGCUAACAAUUAGGUUAAAAAUUGUAGGGAAUGUAAGUAUAGCUAAAAAUAGCACCCGUAACCCGGUAAGGCUAUUUUUAGGGAAAUGAAUUAAAAGAAGCGGAUAUUAUUCCUUAUCAAACACAAGUUAGUCGACAAUUUGGCUUAAAAUUAUAAAAACACAAGUGUAGCUGAAAAUGGCACCACAAGCGUUUCUAAAACCAUUUUAUAUUUUAUUUAAGCAACAGUAAAGAAUUUUUAAUUUAUUCAUUUCUGUUUUUAUUUUUUUAAAUUUUUGGAAGUUUUUGUUUGAUAAAAAAUAUUUUUGAAACAGUUUUUAUUUUUCAUUUAUUAUACAAAGAGCUUUAAAACAUUAUGUUCCACCGCUCAUAUAAAGUUUUGUUUAGAUUUGUUUUCGUUUGUCUUGCAUGCAUUAUUGCAUUGCAUUGCAUGCUUUGAAGCAUAUUUGUCUGCAAUGCAUGCGGUGUUUGAUUUAUUGCAAAGCAUGCAGUUUUGAGUGGUUCAACUUUUGUGAGCUUGCUCUUACUUUUGCAUUUUUAUCAGCAACAGAAACUUUUUUUUUGUUUUGUUUCAUCACUUUAUUCAAUAAAUUCUUUUAAAAAUGAAGAUGCAAGCUUUUUUUUUUUUUCAAGCGUAUCGGUUCUCAGCCAUUGCUCGAAAUUGAAAUAUAUUUUACUCAUUUGUAUAUUUUGAAAAUAAAUAUAAAAUCCCUUUGGAAAAAAAAUAAAAUCCUCUUGUUCACAAAUAUAUUUUUUCAGAACUUUGGUCGAAUGUUAGGUUUUUCAGUUUGCAAUUUUUAAGUAGAAAAUGAAUGUGUCCAAAAAAAAUUUCUUUCUUAAAAUUAACAAAGUUUAACAGUUUAGUUGUUACACGCCAUCAAUGGUGUAUCAAUGAGGGUCUGAUUACUGCUACAUUUGGCAUACUGUUCUCAUUAUAAAUAGAAUGGGUGUCUUAAGAUUACGCAACUCUUCAUAAUUAUCCGCUCUCCGUUACUAUGGUUUCCUGAAACCAUGGUAACAGUGAGGAAAAGCGUGGAGAGUGGAAAAAUUGCAUAUCCUUGAAUCACCUACUUUUUUUACAAAAUAUAACAGCAGAUAUUGGAGCCCUAAAAUGUGCCAAUACCGAAUUUAUAAACAUAUUACAAACACCUGUGACAUGCGCAUAAUAUCAGGUGCCAAACGUACAUAAAGAUAAAUUUAUUAAAGUUUUUUUUUUAAAAAAAAAUGCUUGAAAAAUCGAUUUUUAUAUUUUCUAGCUGUUGGAUUUUUAUCCAAUUAAGUGAUUACGGAUACCGGACUGCCGUUAAAUUACUGUUUAAUGUGCCAAAUUUUUUGCUACUUUACUGCGUUCUCAGUGGUCUAGUCUCGAGUGCAUAAAAUGAAAUUUAUUGUUUAAAAUUGUUUUUUCUUAAAAAUAACUUAUCAUUUCCCGCCAAAAAGGUGUCUAAGCCAAACUAUUGUGUUAGAACGACAUUUUUGUUGUUAAAUUGGCAUAAUUUAUGUAAUUUACAUUUGAGUGAUUAAAUGGUUUUAUAUUUUUA